CGUAGUGGAUGGAGAUUUCGAGUCAGGUUUAGGAGCUGUCUAAAUUAAUCUGUAAUUUGCCUGAACUCCUCCCGGUGACUUUUGGGCUGUGUUUGGCGAUUGGGAAGAAUUGACAAAGUUAUGGUAUUUAAUCACAGAGGUCCCAAACACUGCUGUGGUCGGUGUGACUUGAAAGUUCAUGUUUCCAUUUUGUGGUCGGAAGAGUUCCAAACGGGUGAAUCGUUUACGAAUCGCGCAUUAAACACAGCGGCUACCGUCAGCGCUGCUGGAGUCCGACACUGAACGAAGAGGUGAAAGGCCAGCCGGCCAGCCAGCCAGCCAGCCACAUACAGCUAGCUGUCACUAUGGAUGCCUGCGCCCGUAUUCGAGGAGUCCCAAUCAGGUCCAGGUCCUCAGUGCGGAAAGAGACUGUGCGAGACAGUGGGGCGCAGAAUGUGAAGAGCCUCUUCAGGAAUAAAAAGGAGCUCUGUGGCAUUGGUUUAGAGCUGCCAGCAAGAGAUGCCACCAGGCUGACAGAGAUUCACUUUGUGUGUCUGCCUGAUGUAAGUGAUGGAGAAGAUGUCACCCAGCAGGCUCUGUCUUCUCUGUCAGGGGGGCUGUGUGAGCUUCUCAGGUCCCUCCACGUCCACAGCAUUAGGAGCGAUGAAGUCCUGCUGCUCAAAGACUCUCGCAGGCUGCCAGAGCACAAGGAUGCCGGACCUCAGUAUUGGUUAAAGACAGUGUGUGUGCUGAGGAAUAGUUCCAGCACCAACGUUUACCCUCAAGCCAGUGUUCCGACUUUGGUGGGGCUGCUGGGGUGCUACAUGGCAGGUCUCCGCUAUACGCUGGAGCUUCAGGGUCUUCAGAGGGGCGCAGCUGAGCCCAACCAGCCAGAUGAAGACGACACCAACCAGUCGGUCUCAUCAAUCGAGGAUGACUUUGUCACAGCCCUAGAACAUCUGGAGGAGGACGACACAGGAGACAAUACCUCUGCAGCUCCAUUUAGUCAUUUUAAAAAGCGUGAUGUGGCUUCACAGACUGUCCCAGCUCACAAGAGAAGAAAGGAAUUAUCAGGCUCCCGCAUUAUCAUAAGCUCGACUUCGAAGAAGUAUUCAGCCAAACACAGAUCUGGUCCUGACGUAUCUGUCACAGUGCAGAGGUCAUCGGGUGUGGAAUCCCAGUGGACUUACUGCAGUCCUGGAGUUCGUCUCCCCUCACCUUUGAUUCAUGUCAGUGAAUCAGAAGAGUCAGACUGUUCCAGCCCCAGCCCUAUCAUUUUCCUGGAUGAAGUGGGCUACCAGAAGAGCCUGCUGGCCAAGCUGGACAUUCCUCAAGUGCCAGGGGGGCCCAGAGAGCGAGUUGAAGACUCAGAUUCGGAAGUUAGUGAGUUUUUUGACAGCUUUGACCAGUUUGAUGACUUGGAUGAGCUCAACUCAGAGAGCUGUACUCUUACUCUGCCUCUGGAUGCGAUUAGUGCCCCAGCAGCACAGAAAGAGGCUGCUGAAUCUGGCACAAGUACAUCAUCUUUAAAAUAUGUUUCUAGGGGCUGCUCAACCAAGGGAAUGAAUCCUCACCGCUUUGAUCAGCCCACUCUCCCAGCCAAUGUGAAAAAACCCACGCCCCUGAAACCAGGCUCUCCUUACUCAAUUCCCUCUGAGGUGCCGGAUUCCCCUUGGCCUGUACAGACUCCCUCUGAGGAGAACGGCGGUCCCCUCUUCAGUCCUUUGAGCUCCUCUGCCUUCAGUCCCCUGGUGGACUCCAGCGGACCACUGGAAUACUUCUGGAAUACAGAGGCGGAUGGACAAGAUGACUCUGAGCUACGUAAACCCCAGGAUCUCUGUUCUUUGUAUAAGACCUACUCAGACUUUGCUAGCAGUCUGUCCAAAGAAAUUCUUGGAUCUGUCUGUGGCUACCAGUCUGCUGUUGACAUCAGUGACAACAAGAAUCUCUCCUGUGUCUGCCACAAGGAAUUUAAGAACCCUUCAGGAUACCUGAUGAAACUCUCAGAAAUACAGGAGACUGUAACAGUGGCCAAGCUGCAGAAGAAAUCCCAGUCUCUGAAAGAUGGUAUUCAGAGGUUUGCCAGUGACCUUGUGGAAAUGAGCUUGGGCAGCGCUUUGCGAGACCUCCAAAAAGGGGUGUCCUCCUGCACCACCACCUUGUGCCACCUAGCUGCUCGACUUACCUCCUCAGUAUUUCAAAUGGCCUUCCAUGAGAUUGGCAUGCGACGUGCAUAUGUACUGAAGGAGCGGGCAAUCAACGGGCUGGCCAGCUUCCUGGUUGGAGAGGCCGUGUCCGCAGCGCUCAAAGAGUUCCUGACUGUGAAGAAGCAGAUUUUCCACAGCACUGUAACACGUUUUGCUGCUGAUCUGGCUGAAGAGCUGGUGUUUGAAGGUAUAAUGGAAGUAUGUCAGUUCUCCCACCCCUCAACCCCUCUCACCCCAAGUGAUUGGUCUUUUGGCCAUGGGCAAGAGGAAGAAGAGGAGGAGGAGGUGGUGUCCUCCUAUGCCUCGGACCUUUCUGAGUCUGUCAUCCAGGAGGCCUUCAUAGAGCUCUCUCAGGCAGAUGUUGCCUUCACAAGCCAAGCAGCUAUAAGUGUGUCUGUGGACAACAUCUGUUAUGUCAGUGCAGAUAACACCUGCACUCAUACCUGCAGCACCUUUGCUAACCAGCAGGUUUUAAGUGCAGCGGUCCCAGCGGAGGAUGCUUCUUGUACUGUGAAGAAAGCCCUGUUCACUGUAUCAGGGAUGGCCAGCUGUAUUCCUGUGCCCCAAGCAGGGCACGCCCUCUCCAACCUCCAGGAUUCCGAGGAGACCACUCAGCAGAGGUCUAGCUUGUCACAUACCCCACCGACCAGCCCCAAAAGAUCAACUGUGUCAUCCUCUGAGAAUGCCACUUCUCCACUAACGCCCCUUUACAGUCAUGGAACUCAGACCUCUCUACCAGCAGGAGAGCCCUCCCCAAAAAAGUCUCCAUUCCAAAGCUUCUCUGGCAACAUAGUGGAUAUGAUAGUAACUGAGGCUUGUGAGCUAAUAACUGCCUCUAAAAUGAAGAAGGGUUUCGGCGACUGUGCUGACUUCCUCACAAAGACAAUCAGAAGCCGCAGGGACUCUUACGAUGCUCCGGAUUCCCCUUCAAAGCAAGGAGCUGUCAGGGAAAGUUUUAGAUAUGACUAUAGAGAUUCUGGGCAUGUUAGACCAGGUGGCCCUAUGGGACAAGCAAAUAAUCCUCCCAUUUCCUUUCAGACAGGCACUCUAAACCAGGGGAGUUACCGAUGUGAGCGAGGCCCUAGGACCAGGGGUGUGUCUGAAACACAUCCUGUGAUGAGGAAUACUUUGGAAGUGCCGGGUAAUGAGAUGGGUGGACAAAGGAGGAUAUCCGCUACUGUGGAUGAUUCAGCUCCAAACUCUGGACAGAAGUCUACUGCGACUCCUGGUACUCCUCCUUCCACCCCCCAGCAGCCCAGUGAGGUGUCCAAGGAGAGACAGAUAAAGCAGUUCUCCAAAAAGCUGAAAAGCAAGCUGGCUAAAGAAUUUUCCCCUGCAACACCACCUCCAACCCCUCACUAUCAGCCUGAGCUGGGCCCGGGACCAAAAGACACCAUCCCAGAUGCAGACAAGGCAGAGUUUAUGCUCAAACUGAUGAGAUCUCUCUCUGAGGAGGCUGAUGGAAAUGAGGAAGAAGAGGAGGAAGAACCGUCAGAAGAAGACGGUGUUGGAGUUGCUAACACAUCUUUAGAGAGAGGGGGCGGCCGACACACACCCAGCUCGAUGUGCGCUCGCGUAAUGUCCAACAAAGAAGCUCUCCACUAUGCUGAGCGGUUGGCGUGCCACAUAGUCUCCAUGGCAACAGAGAUGGACACCCUAGGAGGGGCAGAAGAGAAGCAGGGAGAGACGAACCAGGGCAGUGAGAAGAGGAGAGACAGUGUGGCUCAGUUUUCAGAGCAGACCCUCAACUCAUUGUGGGUGUAUGCAGGAGAGGUGGCGGGAGAGGUAAUUAGUGAUGUGAAGAGGAUGGUGAGCUCUGGACAGCAGUGCCCGCAUCACAGAGCUCUCAGAAGAAGAAGGAGCUGGGACAGAUCUAGCUCAGAAUGUUUGCAUUACCACCACAGACACCACUCUCAACCCGGUACAGACCAGAGCAGAGACUGGAGGUUAGGAAGGCUGGCUGAGCAGUGGUCCAAUGACCUGAUUGCCUCGGUCUCCCAGUCUUCCACCUCUGCUUCGAGCACUGUGUCUUGCUCCAGCUCUGGUCUAUCCUCUGAGUAUCCCAGCUGUGAGAGCGUGACAGAUGAGUAUGCCGGCUACCUCAUUAGGGUGCUGAAAAAGGAAGGGGGGAGUAGGGAGUUAGUCCUGGACCAGUAUGCAAGCCGUUUGGCUUAUCGUUCUAUAAAACUUGGCUUGGCUCACGCCAGUCGUAAAAUAAAGCAGAGAUCCUCUAGUGCACGUCUUUGCUCCUCUAAGUCUCUGCCAGAUGAAUGGAAAUCAUCUUGUAGUAGUAAAACGUCAUCAGCCAAGGAUCAAACAGAGAUGGAUAGAAACACCCAGUGUUGUUGCAGGGACUCUGAAGAGCAGAGUAAGAGGGAGUAUAUGGACCUAGUCCACUUUGCUGAAUCUUUAGCAUAUAAUAUCACCUGUGAUGUCACACGCAAGCUCCAUCUUUCCUCUGUACGGCUGCCAAAGUCUCUCACUGACUCCUGUCUUUAUAAAAAAUCCAAACUGGAAGACAUGGCAGAGAAUCUCAUCAGGAACUCCUUCUCCUGCCCUUUGUUAUCCAAGGAGGGUAAGAGCAAGCACUACCACAGCACAGGGAGCCUCUACGAUCAAGGUUACAGUAGCAAGGUGAUGCAAGUCAUCGAGCAUUAUGCAAGGAAAAUAGUGGAUGACACGCUGAAGAUAAGCAUGGCUUCAGUUGACCAUUCAUCACGGGAGCACCAAGGCUAUGACAGACACACUCACACACAGAGGUUGUCUGAGGGCCCAGUUCUGGUCCGGGCAAUGGGGGAGAGGGCAUGUUGUUGCUGUCAAGUCCAGGAGUGUCCAUACUGCAGCAAGCACAGCAGGCACCACUACCAACCUGUGCUGCAGAGGAGGAAAAGGGGAGGAGACUGUCAAGCAAGAGUGCUCUCUAGUCUGGAGAUUCCCAAGAUCCACAUCGACCUGGACCACAGGGUGGCAUUUGCAGAGGAGAUGGUGUCCAUGGCAAUGGAGACAGCAAAGCGCGAGCUGAGCAACACCAGCCUUAAUGCUGACAGCGGGAUCGGCCAUGAUGGCACCAGCUACGCCGAGAGCCUCACUGCUGAGAUCAUGACGUCAGCCCUGUCCAACAUAUGCCAGGCUGCCCUUACCAGUGCUUCGAGUAGGGAAACCACUGAGUCCACUGUAUCUCAGCAGCUGAGUGUUGGAGAUGACAGCCUGGGAAGCUGGUCCAACCUGAGCUUUGAAGAUGAGCACCCAGAUGAUAACAGCAGCUUCCUCCACCUCAGUGACAGCAGCAAUGGGAAUAGCAGUAGCUGGAGCAGUCUGGGCCUGGAGGGGGAGGCGUGUGAAGAGCACUUGUCAUUCUCCCCCUCUGACAGCGACAAUACAGAGGACAAGGAGGCUGAGGUCAAAGAGGAAUCAAGUGGGACACUCUGUGUGGACAGGACUCAAGUGCAAACUCCCAGGACUGCGCUGGUCAUAGCGAACUCAGAUCUCAGAGAUCCUGGGAGUGGCCCUAAGCACGUCACCCUCGACCCCCAGCUCAGGAGCAUGCUACAGUGGCUGGCAGCCUCCAUGGCCGACAUCCCUCAGAUCCAGCUGUGUCCUGACAGAGAACUGCAGCAGCUCCCAGCGGUGGUCCAGAGGCUUCGAGAGAGGAAGUGGAAGGUGGGCGAGCUGCUGCACAUGCUGCUGCGCUACUGUGAUGAGAGCCACAGUCAGCCCGAGGCCAGAGAAGAGGCACUUGAGGCCGGCAAAGAACCUCACUGCAUCUCCCUCUUCCAGUGGCUUCUGGAGCGCGCCUAAGGCCUCUGCUUUUUUCCCCCCCUUGCUCUCCUCUCAUUAUUUCCAAACAGGGCUUUGCAACCUCUAUGAGCCCCAAAAGGCUGCCCCACAAAUCUGAUCUAACUCCCUCUCACGAAUGUGGGCAGCACGUGUGUUGCAUUGCGUGUAUGGCACGUGUAUGCAUGCCAUCUUUUCCCGGUUUUUGUUGUUUUUUUUUUUCCCCCCAGUUUCUGUUUUGUUGCUGCAGUUUCAUCAGUUAUCAGGCCUGCAUGUGUAACCCGUGUUGAUUUAGUGAGCUGUCUCCUUUGCUCGCCUACACUCUUGAAUCGAAGGCCUCACACCUUGCUGUGCUUAAGCUACAAGGAGAAGUGGGGGAGGACCCACCCGGUGUGUUUCCAGAGGGAGAUGCAGUGUGUUGGGAGAAAAGACAGAAUGGGAAUCCCCACAGCUGCUGGGCGGAUGAUGUCAUCACACCCACACCUCACCUCUCUGGUGGUAUUUCCACAUGUUGAGAGACCAACUGUACACACGCACAUAUGCACACACAAACACAUUUUGAUUAUUAGAACCAAUUCAAAAUACAUGAACACAAUUCCGUUACUGUCUUGAUCCACUAGAGUUGUGCUGCAGUAAGUACAUUUAGCUUUUCUCUAAAUGACUCACUACACUGCCAUACAGAGAGGUUGAUAAGACUCUGUUAAGCCCACCUCUGUAGUUUAGUGAACUGUGCUGUCAUUUUUGCGAUGAUGAUCAUGAGCAAAUUUAUUUGGCCACAGAAUAAAUAAGAGUUUUAUCUAAUACUGUAACCCUGCUUCUUCUAGUAGCAAUCCACUUGGUUGUCAUACUUAGUAAAAUAUUAAAGAGGAGAAUGAGUCAUAGUGAGGAUUUAUUAAAAAAGAAAAGGGAAAAUAAUCUUUGUAUGUACAAGGAUUAUCUUUCUAUUUCCUUUUUAUAUAUGUAAAUAUAUAUAUGUAUUUUUUUUUUUUUUUAAAGGUAGUGUAUCUAAU